UCCCCAAACCACUGCAGCCCCCAUGUCCCUCUGCCUCGCUCCCAGCCACACUGGCAUGGCUUGUGGGACCGUGGUCUUUGCCCUCUAUGACAUCCCGGUGCUGGGCGAACCCGGGUCCUGGCCACAGUGUUGGAGGGGCUCUACAGCCAUUAAACAAACUUGGGUUUUUGAUGGUGGUGUGCUGGGGGCCUGCAGGAGCCAGCACUGCUGGGAGCAAAGCUUUGGUAUCUGUUUUCAGCAGAGUCAAUGACCUUGGAGGACGUUGCUGUCCGACUGGAAAAGGUGCCGAGUGAGAUAAAACACCGGCAGGAUGGAGGAGACAAGGGCCUGGAUUUUGGCAGGGAGGUGCUGGGCCAGGUGAGACAACUGCAGAAGCAGUGCACGAGGCUGCAGGAAGCUGCGGAGCGGCUGUGGGGUGACACCAAGGACACCCAGAAAGCAGACAAGGCUGCGCUGGAGACCAAAGCGAGCCAGGAGGAGCUGCAACAUGCCAUGGUCCAGCUGAGUGAGAUGAUGCAGGACCUGCUUCAGAGGAUGUCCCAGAUGGACCAGGACACGCAGAAUGCCCUAGAGAAGCUGCAUAACAAGAUGGACUCCAAGCUGGACCAUGCGGCACUGGCUCCCCUGCAGGCACAGCUGGAGCAGGUGAGGGGGCUCAUCCAGCAGUGCCUCUGCCAGGGACCCUGCAAUGCCGGCCGUGCUGCCGGCUUCAAGAGGCAGCUCUCUGGUCCAGCGAAGUGCAUCUCCUGCAACAGACACCUGGCCACGGCCCCGGCACCGCCCUUGGUGACCAUCCGAAAGGCCAGCCAGCUCCUCCAGCCCCAGCCAGCCAGCGCCUCCAACUGCCUGGCGCAGCAGCUGCCGGAGAGGGCUAGCCAGGGCCCUCGAAGUUCUGCCAGGCCACUGUCCACCUCCAGCUCCCUCAUCACCGUCUGUCCCUGCGGACACCCAGCAGACUUCAUCUGCAAGAACAGAGAAGUGGAUAUUUUGGGCAUCAAUGGGGUCAUCUACAAGGGCAGGCUGAACUCACCGGGUACCAACAGGACCGUCACCAUGGGCAAGGACUUCCCAUGUAGGGGAUUAGCCCUGGGACAUCGCAUGAGCUCUGGCCAGGCCGUACAGCCACCUGAAUGUCCCACUGUCAGCGCCUGGGAUGGUGCUGUGCCCCUCCGUGGCAAAAGCAUCAGCAGCCUCUCAUCUCCCUGUGCUAACAGUGUCUCUGCUUCUCACCUCGAAGCAAUGAAGAACCCCCAGGCCCGCACCCGGCACACCACAGAGAAGAUGGUCCGCAUCCCCAAGUAUGGCAGUCACUAUGUGUCCCCAUACUCACGUGCUGCCAUGCAGAUGAAGACAGGCUCCGCGGGGGGCCAGUGGCACACUGCCAUGGGCAGCAGCAGGACUUCAGGUGUCUGAGCUGGCCAGGGGGCUGGGAAAUGGUAUGGGGAUCUGGGGAGGGGAUGGGCACCGCCAGGGCCUCGGGGAAUGGGUGGGGGGAGUGCCACGCUGCCCUGGCAGCUGCUCACUGUAUGGGGUAACACUGCAGACCAUAAAGAUGCUGGCUCCUCCAUUGCCUCUCCUGUGCAGUUCCUAGGCUAGCGGGGCCACAUGGGACCUCCUUGGGCUCAGUGACCACAGCCAGAUGCUUUUGGGCUGUGCUAGAUGCCC